UUUUGUGAGUCACCAAUAACCAAACUACUUUGGGUUUGUUUGUUUGUCUGUUUAUUCUCUUUGGUCGAUAUGAAUGUACAAUCCAUGAGGGGUGGAGGUGGAGAGAAUGGAAAGGAGGAGGAGGUGGUGGAGACAAGGGAAUACAGGUCGUCGGCCGGGAAAGAGGGUGUGGAGGAGAGGAACGUAAAAGUGGUUCAUCACUCUCAUCCCACCACCAGCGGCGGCGUUCUGGUCGGAGCCGCCGCAGCCGUCGCCUCCACCCUUCAAUCUGCCAAGGAUGCCAUCUCCAAGAAUUAACCGAGAAACGAGCAUAAAAAGAAAUAUUCUAUUUUUUUACACUAUCGUGUUUUAAUUAUAUAUAAUUUUUUUAAGCGUAUUUGUAUUUUUUUUUUCCGGCCUAGAAUUAUAGACAUGAUAACUUGAACAACAAGAUCAGUGAUAUAUCUCCAAAAUAUCCCAUGUAGCAACCGUGUAAAGGUGGAAUCUUUAUAUAUAUAUAAAAUCAUUUCCAUAUAA